AUGACCGUGCCAGUGCAAACCAUCGACCCAAAGGAUGUCCAGUCCCACCUGUCACAGUAUAAGGGCGACAAAUACGUCGAGGGAUGGUCUUCCCUUUGGGAUAAAGGUGACAAGCUCCCGUGGGACCGUGGCUUCCCCAACCCAGCUCUAGAGGACACGCUUGUCAACCAACGUCCGACAAUUGGUGCUCCCGUCACAGACGCCGGGCGGCGCAAGGCGCUGGUUCCUGGCUGCGGGAGGGGCGUGGAUGUCCUCCUUCUUGCGAGCUUUGGUUAUGAUGCCUAUGGACUCGAGUGCAGUCCUUCUGCCAUUGAGGCAUGCAAGAAAGAAGAGAAGGAAAAUGCCAAUUGGUAUCGGGUACGGGACCAAUCGGUUGGCGCAGGGAAGGUCACUUGGGUCCAGGGUGACUUUUUCGAUGAUGCUUGGUUGCAGAGCAUUGGCCUGUCCUUGAAUUCUUUUGAUAUUGUCUAUGAUAACACGUUCUUCUGUGCACUUGAGCCGUCGCUGCGACCCAAAUGGGCACUUCGACACACCCAGCUCCUGGCUCCCUCCCCGGCGGGUAACUUGAUCUGUCUCGAGUACCCGCGUCACAAGGAUCCCCAAGCUCCAGGCCCACCAUUCGGUUCCUCGUCGGAGGCUUAUAUGGCACACUUGAGCCAUCCCGGCGAGGAAAUCCCUUAUGAUGCCAAGAGUGUCGUCAAACACGAGCCUCUCCGGGAGCCCAGUGCAAACGGCCUGGAGAGAGUGGCAUUCUGGAAGCCAGAGCGCACUCACGAAGUAGGCCAGGGUGAGAAUGGGGUAAUCCACGACCGAGUUUCAAUCUGGCGCCGUCGAAACUAG